CAUUGACCGGCAACAAAAUGGCGAUCCAUUUUACUGAAGAAGUACAGUUGAAGAAAAGUUCGAUGUUAAUAUUAGGCUUUUGUGCGUGACAUGUAAAUAAUAAACGGAAUUGUGUUUAUAUAAUAUUAAAGGAACUGUUUUGACCUUUAAAGGAUAAUAUACAUUGAAUAUUCCAUGAGUUUUCGGCGAUACGUUUCUGACAGCAUGUCUGCAAUGGCCGAUGACUCCACUUCUCUGCCAAAAAGGCGUCAAUUGCGGGAAAGAACCCGAAAAUUAUAUACAGACGAUUGGACAAUAGGCGAUGAAGAAAUUGAGGGUCGUAGAACUUUCCAACUUGAUGAAAAAAUCGAAUGUGACAGAUACAACCUUAAUAAUUUCACCGGUUUAUUUCGUGAAAUGGCUGGUCCGGAAUUAAAUUUAGCAUACUUGCAAAAACAUGGUCUUAGCAUACCGUUACUCUUUAGAGACAAAUCUGGAUUAGGAUUAAGAGUUCCCAGUUCGAAUUUUACUGUAAAUGAUGUCAGAACUUGCGUUGGUUCCAAAAGAAUAUUAGAUGUAAUGGAUGUUAAUACACAAAAGAAUGAAGAUAUGACAAUGAAAGAAUGGCAAAAGUAUUAUGAAGAUCCUAACAAAGAACGGCUGCUGAAUGUAAUUUCAUUAGAGUUUAGCCAUACUAAAUUAGAGAAUUAUGUACAAUCACCUGAAUUAGUACGAUUGAUUGAUUGGGUAGAUGUUGUAUGGCCAAGACAUUUAAAAGAGGCACAAGUAGAAUCCACAAAUUUAUUAGAAGAUAUGAUGUAUCCAAAAGUGCAAAAAUAUUGUCUCAUGUCUGUAAAAGGUUGUUAUACAGACUUCCAUGUAGAUUUUGGUGGAACCAGUGUUUGGUAUCACAUUUUGAGAGGUGGAAAGAUAUUUUGGCUUAUUCCUCCUACUGAAAAAAAUUUGUCACUUUACCAAGAAUGGGUAUUAAGUGGUAAACAAUCUGAUGUGUUCUUUGGCGAUAUGGUUGAUAGAUGUGGUAGGAUAACUUUAACUGCUGGCAUGACUUUGUUUAUUCCAACUGGGUGGAUUCAUGCUGUGUAUACUCCUCAAGAUUCUUUAGUAUUUGGAGGAAAUUUUUUACACAGUUUUGGUAUUGAAAAGCAAUUAAAAGUUGCACAAGUAGAAGAACAUACUAAAGUACCACAAAAAUUCAGAUAUCCAUUUUUUACUGAAAUGUUAUGGUAUGUUUUGGAGAGAUAUGUUCAUGUUCUUCUAGGCAGAAGUCACUUGGAUAUUUCUGAAUCACAACGUCAACAUUCAGUGCCACAACACCACCAACAUAUACAUCUAACUCCAUUUGAAUUGCAUGGUUUAAAAGCAAUAGUUAUGUAUUUACAUUCACUACCUUCUACUAAAAAGAAUGUGCCUGAGCUAAUUCGUGAUCCCGUUGCCUUAAUUCAUGAUGUUCGAUGUCUAGUUGAACAACAUAGACAUGAUAAUCCAGAAGCAGCUGUAACAGGAAAUCCUGUUUUACCACCACCACCAUCUUUAACAAUUGCUGAUAGAGAACGUUUAAGGAUAACUAAGAAAAGCUUUACAAAGAUUCAGAGACAUCACUCUCAAGAAAAAUCCGAAAGACCUUUUUCACGACGAAGACGUACUAGGUGUAAGAAGUGUGAAGCAUGUACAAGAACUGAUUGUGGAGAAUGUAUCUACUGUCACGAUAUGGUAAAAUUUGGUGGAAGUGGUCGUGCCAAACAGACCUGUUUAAUGAGGCAAUGUUUGAGGCCUAUGCUUCCAGUUACUGCAGCUUGUAAAGUUUGUGGAUUAGACGGCUGGGGUCAAUCGCCUGGGCCAUUAAUGGGGAAGCCAACACCUACAGCUCCUUCGAGUUUAGUAGAGUGCUCAAUAUGCUUCGAUAUCGUGCAUCCCGAAUGCAUAGGUUUGGAUCCCCAAACCAUUACCGUUAGCGAUGAUUUACCGAAUAGUUGGGAAUGUCCCAAGUGUUGUGAAAGCGGUCGAAAUCUAGAUUGUAGACCACGACAACUUAAGGCUCGUGCUCGAAAACUUUCCGUAUCUAGUGCAGCUUCAUCAGCACCCACAACAGAUUCUGAAAGAGAUGCCACACCAAGUAAACGUUCAAGAUCCAAUCCCAGCGAUGCAUGGAAUGACAGAGAACCGGCUGAGGGUGAACAGCGAACAGCUUUGCGUACACAAUUAGCUGUACAAUUAACUGGUUCAAGUAGUAAGUCAUUGAAGAGGCCCCACGUGGUGGUUAGGCCUGUUCCACUUUCACCUGUUCAAAAACCAGGGCCCGAUUUUAAUGGACAAUCUUUAGCAUAUGACAAGACAGCAUUACUUGCUAUUUUUAGAUUUUUAAAUGCAAAGGACCUGGCGAAUUGUGCCUUGGUUUGCCGUACAUGGGCCAGAUAUAGCAUAGAUCCUAGUUUGUGGAGAAAAUUGGAUAUGUCUCAUUCCCAUCUAACAGCUUUACAUUUAACUGGUAUAAUACGCCGCCAACCAGAAAAUCUGUCCCUUGACUGGACAAAUGUUACUAAAAGACAAUUAGCUUGGCUAUUAAGUAGAUUACCACAACUUAGAACAUUGUCUCUACAAGGUUGUACAUGGACUGGAGUCUGUGCUUUACGAUCUUGCACCUGUCCACCACUUGUUACCUUAAAUCUAAGUCAUAUAUCUGGACUAAAUGAUUCAAGUUUGAGAGAAGUUCUCAGUCCACCUACAGAUUCGAGACCUGGUUUAAUUGAUAAAACUUCAAGAUUAAAACAUCUUAAAAAUUUAUCUUUGGCUGGAUGUGAUAUAACUGAUGUAGCUUUGAGAUAUAUAGUUCAACAUUUACCCUAUCUCGAGACAUUAGAUCUUUCUUCUUGUGGUCGAGUUACUGAUGCUGGUGUUGCUCAAUUAGCAACUCCACCAGCACAAGCAGUAAUGAACCUAGCAUCACUGAAUUUGGCAAAUUGUAGAUUACUUACGGAAACAACGUUAGAUCAUUUGGCAAGAUGUAAAGUGCUUAAACGUUUAGAUCUCAGACAUACAACUCAAGUCUCAACUCAGUCUGUAAUUAAGUUUGCAGCAAAAAGUAUUCAUAAUUUGCAUGUAACUGAUGUUAAAUUGGUAGAAGAAAAAAAAAUUAAAGUAGAAACUAAAGUUACAUGAAAAAAUGUAUUUGGUCUUUUUUUCCUUUCUUUUUUUACUGUUAUUAAGUAGAUUUUUUGCAAGUGUAAUUCAGUUACUGCAUAAAAUUAGAAGAAAUGAUACAUACAAUGACAUAGUACUGGACAAUGAACAUAAUACUGGAUUUCAAACAAUGAUUAUUUAUUGUCUCAAAAAUCCACUAGCAUUAUAUCGCAUCUUCAUAAUAUAAGAAAAUGGACCUGACUAGUAUAGGAUUUCUAUUUGAUAACGUUCAGUUUUAGCAAUGUCACUGUGCAAUCUGGGCGAAGAAAAAAAAGUAAAACACUAUUUAUAUCCGAUUUAAAAUGACCAAGAAAUAUUUUACUUUCUGCUUUUUUUAUUAUGGUAAAUGCUGUUUUCCUUUAUGCCUGGAUAGCUCUGUGCAUUCUUCAAAAAUAGUUUAACGAAUACAGGAUAUUAAAUAAGUAAUGCGGAUUCUAAAAAAAAAAAAUUUGUAAAUGACAAAUACAAAGCACUAGUUGAAAAUAAAAUACGUCGAGAGGUAGCAAUGGUUAGCAUUCCUAAUACUGAAAUUCUACAAAAGCGAAAUGUUAGGUUUCACUAACCUUAUCAAGCAAGAAAAUCAUUACUCGCUUAAUAUUCAGUAUUCUAUGAAAUCGAAAUGUAAUACUUACAUCGAUAUGGAAAUUUUUACUGUCGUUUUUGCUGAAACUGCAAGCGUUCAGUAUUUAUUUUGUAAUUCUAUAUGGAUGUAAAAAUACAGAUGCGGGUAAGAAAGCAAGUGUUAACAUUUAUAGUCUUACGAAAAACAUGCAGAUUAGCAUAUUGGCGCUUAUCAUUCGCCAAUAUAUUACGAAAGAAAGAAGUAUAUUUAUUUGUAUGUGUGUUUGGAUGAAUAUCCAAUAUGAGAAUUAUUAAUUGACACGAAAGUUACAAAGCAGCCUGUUAAUCAUGCAAAUCAUAAUUAUAGAAACGAAAACGCGCAAACAUAUUCGAUUAUACUAUUUCACAAUAUUAGAUAGAUAAUUAACAUUACGCUGAAAAACAUGUAUAUUACACGAUCGUUUUAAUUUUCGACCUCAGUUAUGUAUGUAUAUUGAAUGUAAUGUCGAAAAUUUUUAUGUAGACGAAUGUACAUAUGUGACUUCCUUCUUUUUUUUUUUUUUCAAAUAAAUUUACAUUUUCAUUUCAUUUUGUCAACGUGCAUGUAUGUACGUAAUUUGAGAGUGAUAAUAAUAAUAUCGAGCAAUAAGAAUUUAAUUACCUGCACUUUCAAACUAAUGUUGAAGUAUUUCACAUUGUUUGUAUCAUCUCCCUGAAAAUGUCUCCUA